AUGGAUAGUUCCUCCACGAUGAUAUCGAGGUCAACUAUGGUGCUUCCCGAGAAUUACUGUCGGAUAACGGCGCAAAACUGUAUACCUACAAAAGUGGCAAUGAUCAGUGUCCGAUUUGACCGGAAUGCCUUUCAGAACGGCUACAGGGCGCCAAUAACAUUUCCAUCCCGAUGGACAUUCAAUACCUGGAAAUAUGGACUAUCACCGGAUUUUUCAACCCCUUGUAGCCUGCAUAUUGAUUAUGGUGAUAUCGCCAACUCCUUCAUUCCCUCCUCCAUAGAUACCUUGGGCAGUACACCGGAACAUUCUCCGCCCGCUGUCCAUUAA